AUGACAUUAUGUGCGUACGGGCUGUGCCUGGGCUGCUGGUUCCUGCUGGUGCCGGUGCUGCUGGCGGACGCGUUCGGCACCGCGCGCAUCGCCUCCUCCUACGGGCUCGUGCGCAUGUUCCAGAGCCUCGCCGCCGUCUCCGUGCCGCCCACCGCCGGUGCGUACGGGCUGUGCCUGGGCUGCUGGUUCCUGCUGGUGCCGGUGCUGCUGGCGGACGCGUUCGGCACCGCGCGCAUCGCCUCCUCCUACGGGCUCGUGCGCAUGUUCCAGAGCCUCGCCGCCGUCUCCGUGCCGCCCACCGCCGGUGCGUACGGGCUGUGCCUGGGCUGCUGGUUCCUGCUGGUGCCGGUGCUGCUGGCGGACGCGUUCGGCACCGCGCGCAUCGCCUCCUCCUACGGGCUCGUGCGCAUGUUCCAGAGCCUCGCCGCCGUCUCCGUGCCGCCCACCGCCGGUGCGUACGGGCUGUGCCUGGGCUGCUGGUUCCUGCUGGUGCCGGUGCUGCUGGCGGACGCGUUCGGCACCGCGCGCAUCGCCUCCUCCUACGGGCUCGUGCGCAUGUUCCAGAGCCUCGCCGCCGUCUCCGUGCCGCCCACCGCCGGACUCGUCAGAGAUGUGACCGGUGGUUACUCAUGGUGUUUCUACGGCAUGGGAUCCUGUAUGGUGUUAGGUUCGAUUCCCGUCAUCGCCUUCUAUAUUCUAACCAAGAACGACGAUUCAGACUCGUCGGUGGAUUGA